AUUAACCUUCAUUUUAUUAUUGAUACGGCCCAAGUGCCUGUGGACUCUACGGUACACCGCUACAAUGUGUUUGUAAAUACGUGGUUUGUAUGGUGAAGUGUACACUAAUAUCUACUUCUGACUUAGCUCUAGUAACUGGCCAGCGGCAACUGUACGUGGUCUAUAGUUACUAGAGCUACUUCUGACUCACUGUUUCGUUGACAGGUGCAGUAUUGUGUAAGAUCGUAAGAGCCCACGUUCAAGAUCAUGCGAGCCAUGUUGUGUGUUCCGAUGGGCUGUGUGAUUACAUGGACAGCCAUCCUUGCAACUGCCUUGGCCAUAUUCCUUGCAUGGCCCGCUCCACUCAUGUCGAGGGAACUGAGAGACUGGCGCGAUUCGGGCCAUUUUUUCAAAUACAGAGACUAUAAAAUCUUUUAUAAAGAUCAGAGAAGCAGUUCGGAUGAAACGCGCUUCAGUGACGAAGUUCUAAUCUGUCUGCAUGGUUUUCCAACUUUUAGCAUGGACUGGUUGAAGAUAUGGGACAAGUUUCUUGAGAACAAAUACAAUCGGGUUAUAGCUCUAGACUUCCUUGGAUUUGGCUUCAGCGACAAACCAGUACGUGUGUUUUCGUACAACGAGAGACAGCAGAAUGAGAGGCUUCCAGCGGGAAUCCUGAUCAAAAGUCUCUGCCUCACAAACGGAGGCAUCUUUCCUGAAACAAACUUCCCUAAGUUUACUCAGAAGGCGCUGAUGCUGCCAUAUGUCGGGCCAACCAUUGGCUAUGUCAUGAAUUACUUCACCUUCCGCAGGGAACUCGGUCACGUGUUUGGAGCGACGACGCAGCCGACGGACGCGGAGUUUGCAGACUUCUGGGCGGCGGUCAGGUACAAAGAUCAGAACCUUGUCAUUCACAGGCUGAUUGGCUACAUUCCGGAGAGAAGAGCGAAUCGGGACAGAUGGGUUGAAGCGAUCCAGAAAACCUCCAUUCCACUAUUGAUGAUCUAUGGGCCAGCUGACAUCAUCAAUCCGCCACCGUUUGCAGAUUAUUACAGGAGGACGGUAGCGAAUUCGGCGCUGGUAGAACUGGAGUCGCACGUAGCACACUACCCUCAGUGGGAAGAUCCGCACGCAUUUGCUGAUGCCUACUUCCGUUUCCUGGACGGGUUGCCAACGGCAACGACAUAGUGCGAUCCACUCUACUCCCACGUAGGAAAUUACGGGAGAUGUUUGAUGCAUAUGAUAGUUUAUAUCGUUGAUUCGUUGCAAAUUUUAUAUGAUUUUUUUUAUAUAUUGGAUAUAUUAUAUUUUGAGAAGGCAUUUUCUGGUUGGUGAGGUUUGGUUUGCCUUGGACCAAAUGUCAGUUGUUUUGUAGGAAUGAUCAUAAAUUGAAAAUAAAUUUACAGGUGCUGGUCUGAGAUAAUUUUGUCAGUGGUAUUAUCUGUUAGUCAUCUCAAUCUUAAGAAUAUUUAAAAAAUUCCGUAAGUAUCAGGUUAAUAAGAAUAUUUCAUUCAACCAUGUAAAGGCAAACAUUGUCCAAAUGAAUACGAUUAGUUUAAUUUAUGUCAGCUAUGCUUUUUUAAAGCGAGUAUUGUUUUGCUAAAUCGAAUGAACAACGAGCCAAGAAGAGAAACGUGAUGUUUGCUUAACGUUUUGUUACAUUAAAUACUUUUAUUAAACAAUA